AUGAAGGUAAAAUGAGAAGAUUGCGACCCAAAUAAAUGGGAAAAUGGAGAAGACGAUGAAGUAAAGUAAUCGGAAAAAAGAGAACAUCGCCACCAAAAAAGUUAUGACCGUGAGAUUUCGUUGUUUUCGUCUCCGAUUUCCACUUUUCGUUCCCACUUUUAAUAUCCGCAACAACCGUCAUGUUCUUUCUAGAACACCUUCGAAAGAAAAUCGUUUCAUUUUCCACCGUUUGCUUUUCCGAGGAUUUUCAUAAAUUUUGUCCAAGAAUCUGGAAUUUUACGAGAAAUAAACAUGCUUAAUGCUUGCAGGCGCGUCUGUCUCACUCAUGAUCGAUGGCUCUUCGACAUUUGGCAGUCGCCAGGCUCAAGACCCUUCUCGUGCUCUGCGCCGUUCUGCUCCUCGUCCAUGCCAUGAUCUAUAAGGUUUUCCUGCGAUUUCCGUCUCGUUUUUCAUAUGAAAGUGCGCUCAGAUGCCGUCGUUUUACGAGAGUUUCGCAAUUGGCUCCUCGACGCUGAUCGCCGACGUGGACGCGAUGGAGGCGGUCCUGGGGAACACGGCGAGCACGAGCGACGACCUGAAUCUGGUGCUCAAUACCACGUUCUCGCCAAUUCGCGAAUCGUCGAAUCAGACCUCGUUUCUGGAAGGUAAUCACUGAGACCCAGUCCCAUCCUCGUCUCAAAUUUCCAUUUUAGACGUGCGUAUGCUACUCGCCUACGACCAAACGAAGCCGUUCUGCAACCAGACACCGCCGCAUCUCGUCGGCCCGAUCCGCGUGUUUCUCGACGAGCCCUCGUUCGCGUCGCUCGUCAAAAUGUAUCCGGAACUGCACAAAGGCGGGCAUGGAGUGCCGGCCGAGUGCCAGGCACGUCACCGAGUGGCCGUCAUAGUUCCGUACCGGGACCGGGAAGUGCACCUGCGCAUCAUGUUGCACAAUUUGCACGCGGUGCUCCAAAAACAACAGUUGGACUAUGCGAUAUUCGUCGUCGAGCAGGUCGCCAAUCAGACAUUCAAUCGCGGAAAAGUAUGUUUAUGUUUAUAGGGGAAAGAGCGAGUUAUAAUAUAAACUAUGGAGAAUGAGUGCAAUUGAGGGUUGGAGGAAGUUAUUGAGAGAAAAGAAUCACCGUUUCCAGUUGAUGAACGUCGGUUUCGACAUCGCCUCGCGUCUCUAUCCGUGGCAAUGCUUCAUCUUCCAUGACGUGGAUCUUCUGCCCGAAGACGAUCGAAAUUUGUACACGUGUCCGAUUCAGCCACGUCAUAUGAGUGUGGCUAUUGAUAAAUUUGACUACAAGUAGGAUUUUGAUCGAUUUCCACUCGAAAAAUGGUCAAAUUCAGACUUCCCUACUCGGCAAUCUUCGGCGGAAUCAGCGCGUUGACGAAAGAGCACGUGACGAAGAUCAACGGUUUCUCGAACGAUUUCUGGGGAUGGGGAGGUGAGGACGACGAUCUGGCGACGAGGACGUCGAUGGCCGGACUCAAGGUGUCCAGGUAUCCGGCGCAGAUUGCCCGCUACAAAAUGAUCAAGCACUCGACCGAAGCGACGAAUCCGGUUAAUAAGUGGGUCAAACACAUUUGGCGUAACACUCUGGAACUCAAAGAUUUCUUCAGAUGUCGAUACAAAAUAAUGGGCCAAACGAAGCGGCGGUCGAGCCGAGACGGACUGAGCUCUCUCAAGUACAAAUUGAUCGAUUUGGACCUGAAUCCAUUGUACACACGAGCACGCGUCGAUCUGCUCGAAAAAGAGUGCCGACGGGAGCUGCGGAGAGAUUUCCCCACUUGCUUUUAA